AGAACAGCCAUACAAGUUCGGCCAUGGGUGAUUUUCCAUUCACGAUGAAUUCGGUUAUGCCAUCUAAUGACAUCAAGUGUGGAGAGGAAAAUCGCGCAUCUUUACCGGACGUCGAAACCACUCUGGACAGCUUCAGGGAAGUCCGCAAAGAGAAUGGAAGGACUUAUCACUCGUUCCGGGCAGGGUCCUACCCAUUUCCCAACGAUGACGCUGAAACGGAGAGGUUAAAGUUUCAAUAUGAUAUCAUAACCGAGGUACUCGGUCGCAACUAUUUUGCGCCAUUCACACAAGAUAAUCCUCCAACACGGGUUUUGGACAUUGGUACAGGACCUGGGCAAUGGGCAAUAGAGAUCAGCGAUGAAUUUCCAGAGGCGGAGGUGAUUGGCACCGACCUCUCACCAAUACAGCCAAAUGAAGUGCCUGAAAAUUGCUACUUCUACGUCGACGACUCCUCCGAAGAAUGGGACUUUGGCUUUGAGUUCUCCUACAUACACACCCGUCUCACCUUUGGCUGCUUCUCCGACAUGCGCACGCAGGUAAUCGACCAGGCGCUGCGCAACCUCAAACCCGGAGGCUGGCUGGAGUGCCAAGAGCUCGACCCGGUCCUCGCCUGCGACGACGGCACCAUGCCGGCCGACUACUCGCCGAAGCAGCUGACGCUGGCCCUGGAGGCGGCCUCGCGGAUAGCGAAACGGCAGUUCACGUGCGCGCCGCUGAUCCGCGGCUGGCUCGAGGAGGCCGGCUUCGUCGACGUCCAGCAAAAGGUCUUUAAGCUCCCCGUCAACGGCUGGGACGCCUCGAGUCCACGCGCCAGCGAGCUCGGCGAGAUGUGGUUCGAUAACCUGUCGAGCGGACUAGGCGCCGUCUGCACGGCGCUGCUGCAUCGGCAUGCGAACAAGCAGUUUGAGGAGAUUGAGGUGUCGCUGGUUGAUGUUCGGCGGCAGCUACGGUCCCAGAGUGUACAUGCAUAUCAUUCACUUUACGUAGUUUGGGGCCGAAAGCCUUUCGAGGGCGAGAUGACUUUUUCAUGAUAGCGACUUUUGGCGUCAUGAAACGCGCCUGAAGAAUUAAACUUUGCAGGGUAAACGAAAGCGGUGCGCUUUGAUCGUGUUAGGCACGGCAUUGUUUUUCAACACUUGGACGUGGGUGGGUUAUGUUUGACUUGAAAUGACGGAACACGGGACGCAGGACAGGCGCACAUAUUACCGACAACACAGUCGCUCCUCUUGCGGGCAAGGAUAGAAACAAAAGAAUAAGACUAAAUCAUGAGAAGAAUGGAUUGCUUGUUGGCA